AAGGGUUUCGGCUAAUGGACGGCCUUGACCCCUCGGAUGGUAUGAAGGUAGAAGCCACCAGGAAAGGCGUCUACACUAAUUACUACACGGAAUUCAUGGACGGCAAACCUAUAGACGGAUUGGCGACAGAUGCCUACGAUUGCCUGGUGGUAGCCGCUGCCUUCAAUACUGGAUUCAUCCCAUGUGCAGCUCUUCCUGAGAUGGCGCGUUUGGUCAAGCCAGGUGGGUUGAUAUGCUUCGGAGUCCCUGACUCCCGGUUCACAGAGGUCAAGGACUACGUGAACCGACUGGCGCCCCUAAUGAAGAUGAUGGAAGAAGGGGGAGUGUGGCAGCUUUUGGAUACAAAAUACUGUCAUGACUUUUACGAUAAUGCAAAUCCCGGGAACGUCUUUAGAUAUGUUGUGAAGGCAUCGAGUAUAGAUGCAGCCAAAUAUAUUGACAGACUAUGUCCUGUUGAUUAAAUGUAUCU